UCUCUCGCAGGGCAUUAGAACUAGCCGUGUCCCCUCGCUGUCCUCCGCGCUCCCCAGUCUGUCCCUACUCGUGGCGGGGUUCAGCUCGUGGCCCCUCAGUCUUGUUCUGCCUCAGGCGGCUCGGCUGACCGGCUGGGGUGUUCGCUUCUCCCUACUCGGCCAGGGGUGAGGUCGUUCAGAAAACGCUGGGCGCCCAUGGCCUCGAUGGGGGUGGCGUUUUUACCUCUUACACCUUCUAGCCUACCCCCCAGUUCCCGUGUUUUUUUAGGGAAGCCGGUCAGUUAAAAGCGGAGGUCCUCCCUCACUGUGGGAGCCCGGCCUGCGGGGACCGGACAGUCCAGCUCCAGCCUCUGCUGUCAGAAGCAACAGCUACAACGAAUCAAGGUGACUGACUUUCCAUGAUGUUUGGUGGUUAUGAGACUAUAGAAGCAUACGAAGAUGACCUUUAUCGUGAAGAGUCAUCUAGUGAACUGAGUGUUGAUAGUGAGGUGGAAUUUCAGCUCUACAGCCAAGUUCAUUAUGCCCAAGAUCUUAAUAAUGUCAUUAGAGAGGAAGAACAUGAAGAGAAGAACUCUGGGAAUUCUGAAUCACCCAUUAGUAAACCAAGUCAGAAGAACUUAAUUAUCCUUUCAGAUAGUGAGGUCAUCCAGCUGUCAGAUGGGUCAGAGGUCAUCACUUUGUCUGAUGAAGAUAGUAUUUACAGAUGCAAAAGAAAGAAUUUUAGAGUCCAAGCAAAAGAAGAGACCCAUGAUCCUCCUGCAUCGUUUCAUUCUAAUAAGUUGACUGAUAAGAAAUGCAAGAGGAAUAUUGAGAAGCCUAAAUCUGAAGAGCUAUCGGGUACAAUCCGAGAGGUCAUGAUUAUAGAGGUCAGUUCAAGUGAAGAGGAAGAGAGCACCAUUUCAGAAAGUGAUAAUGUGGAAAACUGGAUGCUGCUGGGAUGUGAAGUUGAUGAUAAAGAUGAUGAUAUCCUUCUCAAUCUUGUGGGGUGUGAAAACUCUAUAAAUGAAGGAGAAGAUGAUGUAAAUUGGUUCAUCAGUGACAAAGACGCUGAGGCCCAGAUAGUUAACAACAGAUCAUCUGGAAGAUGGACCCACCGAUACUAUUCAGCCAACAAAAAUGUUACCUGUAGAAAUUGUGACAAAUGUGGCCAUUUAUCCAAAAACUGCCCCCUUCCACAAAAAGUCCGCCCCUGCUGCCUCUGCUCCGAGAGAGGACACCUCCAGUAUGCCUGCCCGGCCCGCUUUUGUUUAGGCUGUUGUUUGCCGAUGUCUUCUGCUCACAGAUGUCUUGAAAGACCUUCCUGGAGAAAACGAUGUGACCGAUGCGGUAUGAUAGGCCACUAUGCUGAUGCUUGCCCAGAAAUCUGGAGACAGUAUCACCUAACGACCAAACCUGGACCACCGAAAAAGCCGAAGACCCCUUCUGGACAAUCAGUCUUAGUGUAUUGCUACAACUGUGGGCAAGAAGGCCAUUAUGGACACGAAUGUACAGAAAGACGAAUGUUUAACCAGACCUUUCCAACAUCUCCAUUCAUCUACUACUAUGAUGACAAAUACGAAAUCCGGGAGAGAGAACAGAGAAUAAAACGAAAAGUGAAAGAACUUCAGAAAAAUGGGGAUUUUCCGAGGCAGUUCAAGAGACCUCACAUAGAAGCAGCAGAGAAGAGAUCCCACCACGGCAAGAGGAAGAGCCACGGCUCAUGGAGAAACAGCAGGUGGCCUCAAGAAAAGAAAGAAACCCAGAAAGAAACGAGCAGGAGCCAUAAGGGACGUGAGAAACACAGGAAGGCUGACAGGGCUCAGGAAGUGGAGGAGGACUUCCCCAGGGGCCCGAAACUCCACUCUUCUGGCACCUUCAAGACCCAGAAGGCUCCCAAGUCUUUCCACCACUCGUCACAUUACCACAAGCCUAGGGAAGACAAGUUGCCCAGAGAGGGCAAGCGGGGCAAGCAGAAGAAAACGGAGAGCUCCUUGGAGGGUGAUAGCAGUGAUAAUUUAUUUCUCAUUAAGCAGAGGAAAAAGAAGUCCAAGCUGUGAGACUGCUUUCUGAUUCGGCUUUCCACUCUUUGUCUGGUCUUCAUGCCUGUGGCAUCGUGGCAAUCUGUUUAUUAUCCGUGAUUAAAUAAAGUGAAUUUUUUUGUUGUUGUUUGUAA